AUGCCGCUUGACGGUGGCUCGACACGCAAAGCAGAGCAGCGCACCAUCUGGCCGCGCGCCUGGCGAGGCGUUAAUGCUCCUAACAAUCAGUUGUUAUCUUCUAUUGAGAGAUCGGCUCUUUUCCUCCCUCACCAUUCUUACGCCGCAUCACAGAGAAAAGAAAAAGGAACGAGGCGAUUUCUUCUCCUACCGAUUUCUUCUCCUUUCUUCUUCCAUCCAGCGAUUUCUUCUCCCUUCUUCUCCGCUCCAGCAAUUCGAGUAGUGCGAAUUCAUGCGAUUCUCCAGAUCUUGAUUGGUGAAGGUUGUUCGAGCCACAUAACCCUAAAUGGAGAAUGGUUCAUAUUCUGUGAUGAAUUUGAUAAUGGAAAAACCUUGCACAGCUCCUCUGUUUUUGAGAAAUCUGCUAACCUCAAUCUUCAUCCAUGUCGACAAAUCCCUCCUCCGAUCCACUUAGCGCCAAAAUACGCGCUGUUCCAAACCCUACGCUCCAUCCUCGCCUCCUUUUUCCUCUUCUCCCUCAGCCUUUUGCCCUUUCUAUUCUCCUCUUUGACCCCUGACCGCAAAGAAUCGGCCAAUUAA